GAGAGUGAGCGCGCUUCACGCGUUAUGUCAAAAUCUCCCGCCAAAAAAAACGUCAAACCAAACCCGUAGUCGUUUCGUCCGAAAACCUUAAAAAGUUUUUUUGAGAUAUUUUUUGUUGCAUUAAGUUAUCGAAGUGCGUCGAACUCUGGAGUGCACCGUCCUCAGUUUCAUAAGUGCUUGUAGAAUGUUAUUGUGUGGUCGCGCAGUGAAAGUGGCGUGACGUAAUCGUUACAUUAGAGCUGUUAUUAUGGCGGAUAUCGUUCGUUUCGGGAAGCGGUGUCUUACUGUUCUCGGACUUUUUGGUACUAUAAUUCUACCUCCACACGCAGAAUGCCAGUACCAAGGACAUCACAUGGUGAGCUACAUGCAGACGCCGGGUGAUUGGAACCCUCACACACAACAAAGAAAUCCACCGUGGCAUCAAUUCUCCUCUCCAAGGAAAAGAUCUCCGGAUGCCUACGAUAGUCCAUACUACAAUAAUGACCAAUAUGGACAAAUGCAGUUCGCCUCCAGUAAUCAAUAUCCACAAACACAAUACAGCCCAAUCCAAAACUUCCAGGGCCCUCAGUAUUACGACACCAGAUCUCCUGCAGGUUUUCCUCAAACAGAACCAAGACAUCCCAACGACCCUAGGCUCCUAUCAGACUCAGCAUUUACCAGAAUAUCAGAAACUCUUGGUGCCAUAAACACUGUUGGUCACUACCUCGUAGACAUGGUGAAUGACUCACAUGAAAGGAACGAGACAGAUCCAAACUUACAGCAACUACCUCAGGCUCUUUAUACUAUAAGUAAAAACGUAUUGGGCAGAAAUGUGACUGAUAAAAUAGCUCCUAUUGUAAAGAAAGCUUUACCAAAAGUGUUACCAGAUGCUCCUAUUACUAAAAUAGCAACAGCAGACCGCGUAGAUGAAGACGCAAAGUCAUGUACGACUCCUGAAGGAGAGGAUGGUGUUUGUGAAGACCUCAGCAACUGUCCCCAGCUGCUGCUAAACUUGGUGAAUCUUAGGGAAUCUAUAUGUUUCAAAGAUUUGUUUGUGCCUGGGGUGUGUUGUCCGAAAGAUGCGAUUGUGCCACAAUCAGAGAAACCGAUAGUUGCUUCGACGAGUAAGCCAACUUAUUUGGUGCCGGUGACGACACAGAAGCCAAAGCCUGCGACGACGAAGAAGCCUUCAGCAGUGUUGGUGUUGACGACGAAAAAGCCGAAGCCAGUGACCAGCACCAAGCGGCCGCCUACCACGACCAAGCGUCCAGCGAGCACCAGCAAGCGGCCUGCGACGACCACGGUCACUACGCCGAGAACUCUUCCAACUACCUCAUACUACACUGUCACGCCUCCCGUUAUCACUAAUUUCUCCAACAUUGUUGAUAUUGAAGAUUGUGGUCAACGUGAGGACGAGGGCGGUCGUAUCGUGGGUGGAACGGAGGCGAAACCUGGAGCAUGGCCGUGGAUGGCAGCGAUCUACCUGCACGGUAGCAAGCGACGGGAGUUCUGGUGCGGAGGCACCCUGGUCGGCAAGAGGCAUAUCCUCACUGCUGCUCAUUGUACCAGGGACUCUAAGCAACGACCGUUCCCAGCUCGUCAGUUCAGCGUGCGGCUGGGAGACGUGGACUUGGCACGUGACGACGAGCCGUCCCGGCCGAUCACGUUGCGUGUCACUGCCGUGCGGGCACACGACCAGUUCUCCAGGGUCGGCUUCUACAAUGAUAUUGCUGUACUGGUUCUAUCAGAAAACGUUCAGAAAUCGAAGUACGUGAUUCCAAUUUGCAUACCUCGAGGUGAGCUGACGAGACAAACGUUUGAUGGGGCGGUGGCUACAGUGGUGGGUUGGGGGACGACUCGGUACGGUGGUGGGGAGAGCUCCAAGCAAUUGGAGGCCAAGUUACCUGUGUGGAGGAACGAGGACUGCAACCGCGCUUACUUCCAGCCCAUCACUGACACUUUCUUAUGCGCUGGUUACGCGAGAGGCGGCAUUGAUGCUUGUCAGGGCGAUUCCGGAGGUCCGUUAAUGCUGCAAGUGGGAGGUCGUUGGACUCAAAUCGGAGUAGUUUCGUUCGGAAACAAGUGUGGAGAGCCCGGGUACCCCGGCGUCUAUACUCGGGUGACGCAUUAUACACACUGGUUGCAACAGAAUACAGUGUAG